CCCCACAGCAUGGGAUGGGAUGGAGUGAGGUGGUCGUGGGGACGGUGUGGAUGGAGGUGGGGUGUGAUAUACUGAAAGAGGAGAGAUUUAGGUCAGAUACUGGGGCUGUGUGGUUCUGGUGCUGCUGCUCAGAGAAGUGUGGGUACCCCACCCCUGGACACGUUCAAGGCCACGUAUGAGGCCAUGAUCAACCUGAUCCAGAGGGUGGCAACCAUUGCACAGCAGCGGUUGGAACGAGUCGACCUUUGAGCGCCACUCCAACCCAGCCCAUUCUAUGAUUCAGUUAUAGAGCAGGAAGGGCUGCAGCUGUGCUCGCUGGGGGGAGUGAGUAUGACACGGAUCUGUGUCCUGGGGCGGGCUGUGUUGAAGUCAUACCGUGUGCGGAAGCGUGCACGCAGCAGAGCUGCAGGCUGCUGCUGACGGACGAGCUGUGCUCCAUCUCUGCUGACUCUCCGGCGGCUGCAGCACACGGUGCGUGUCCAGCAUAACCACAUCCACCCGGUGUGUCUCCGUGCUGCCCAUGAACAACAGGGACACAGCCAUGAGGCUGCUCCUGGUUGGGAAGACCGGGGGGGGUCGAAGUGCCACAGGGAACACCAUCCUGGGGCAAUGUGCCUUCGAGUCCAAGCUGGCCACCCAGCCAGUGACCCUGAGCUGCCAGAAGGCAGAUGGGAACUGGAAUGGCCACAACAUCACAGUGAUCGACACACCCAACCUCUUCUAUCUGUGGGAUGACAACGCUCAGGUGUACAGAGAAAUCUUGCACUGCGUCAGGAUGUCCUUCCCGGGUCCCCAUGUGCUGCUGCUGGUCACCCAGCUGGGCCGCUUCACCGAGGAGGACCAGGAGGCCGUGCAGGGCGUGCGGAACAUCUUUGGAUGUGCUGUGCUCGAAUACACCAUCGUGGUGUUCACCCGUGGAGAAGAGCUGGUGUCAGGAUCUCUGGAUGACUAUGUGAACCACACUGACAACAAAGCUCUGCGUGCCGUGAUCCAAAGCUGCAGAUACAGGUACUGCAGCAUCAACAACCGGGCCAGUGGGGCAGAGCGGGACCAGCAGGUCCAGCAGCUGAUGGAGAAGGUCCACCAAACUGUGCGGCAGAAUGGGGGCAGGUGCUACAGCAACGAGAUGUACCUGGAUCCUGGUUUAACAGAAGAGAAGGUGAAGUAUCAUGUGAAGAAGUACAGAGAAGAAAGAAAAAGCAGAGAGCAGAGCUUCUGGAGGAGACACUGGAGGAAAUGUCUCAUGGGUGUUGGGAUUGUCGUUAUCUUGGUUGUGGUUCUCUUACUUUGCCUUAUCAGGAGGGAGUCAUGAAUCCCACAGUCCCCAUACAGCAGAAUCACAGAGUGCUUGGGGCUUCAGGCAUCUCUGGAGCUCACCAGCAUCACCCCUGCCCGUCGAGGUCCCCCACCACCUUCUGCCCACAGCUGUGUCCCAUCGUGUAUUGAAUAUCUCCAGGGAUAGAGAUGUUGCUGCCUGGGGGAGAGUUAAUUUUUCUUCAUUGAGGCUCAUGCAUUGCUGUACUCUGGAUCUGUGAUGGAAAGCGUGCUGAUAGCAGCCCAACAUUCUGGUUGCCAUCAAGCGGGGCUCACACAGAGCUCAGGGCUCUCCCAUCUUCGUGAUGCCCUGCUGAUAAGAGCUGGGGGUGCACAGGGAGCUGAAGGGGCACAGCUGCCAUGGACUGGCCAAAGGGAUGUCCUGUGCUAAACAGCGAUAAAACAGCAGAACAAAGGAGGAAGGGGGACACUGAGACUAAUGGCAUUUGUCUUCACAACCAGAUGAGACACAUGACGAGCCUGCCUUUCCCAGGGGUGGCUGAAACAGGUGCCAGCUGAUGGGAUGUACCCCACGCAUUCCUUGUUUUGCUGUGCUUUGCGCCUGCGGCUUUUUGCUUUACGCAUUAAAUUGUCUUUAUCUCAA